CUUGACGGUAGGUACCUACUUGAUUGAGAUUCACGCACGACUGCCUGACCCUUCUCAAGCUCGCGUAAUCGAUCAGCAAGAUCUUUCGCCUCGAUCACAACCUAUCACAACAGCAUUAGAGUGCCAUCCAUCGCCUCUGACCUACGACUACUCACGACCGGGGCUAGCUUCCGAAAGGCCUCGCGCCGCAAUCCAGCAAGAUGCCCUUCAAGCCUAUCAGCAGUCCUCCAUUCACCAUCACUCCAGCCGAGCACGAGACGCAUCAACAAUCCACACCUUCAUCUUUCGGAGAGGUGCACGUCAGACCUCCAGUACUGAGGACGUAUCUCGAAAAUGUCAGGUGCAGGAUCAAGCCUGCUCCUACGGACUUACACGCUACCGCCGGCGACACCUACGAGCAGGUCGGCACGCUUUGGGUCACAGACGAAUCCCUCUCCUUCCUGACCGCUUCCUCUAUCGGUUGGACGCUCGACUACCCCACCUUGUCGCUGCAUGCCGUCUCACGCACUCUGCCUGAUGGAUUUCAGAGCGACGAGAGCGAAGAGGCAGGAUGUGUAUACUGUCAGACGGACGACGGUCUAGACGAGCAAGACGAUGCGGAAGGCGAAGAGGAAGAAGGUCUGCGCGAAAUGUGGUUGUUGCCACCUGACCAGUCUCAGCUCGAGCCACUCUUCGCAAGCCUGUCACGCGCUGCAUCACUGCAUCCAUCAGUCCUCGAUGGAGGCGAAAGCUCGCAUCCGUUUGCUUCGCUGGGCGCUUUCGGCACAGGAUUGGCAAAUGGUGGAGAUUCUAGCGAUUUUGACGACGCAGAGGAGGAGGAGGAAGAUGGCGGCGUUGAGCUCAACGAUGGCGGAAGAAGGACACUCGAACGGUUGAAUGCGCUCUUGGAAGGUGAUCAGGCAGACCCUGAGACGAAUCGCGCGACUCGCAAUCAAGCAUCCACCAGCAAAACAGUCUUGCCGACCAAUUCUCUCAAUUUGACUGGCCUGCCAGAAGUUUUCUUCCAAGAGCCAUCGCUAGUGAGCGGACUGUUGGAUCUUCUCCAUGUAUGCGGUUCUCUGGCUUCUUGGCACCCUCUGCCGUCAUUCGAAAGAGCAAUCGUGGUUUUCGAAGAGUCUGCGGGUGCUGCUCGAGCGAAAGACGUUGUUGACGGUCUGGUGCUGCAAUUCGAGCAAGAUGGCAAAGAGGCCGAUGCGAACGUGGAUGCCGAGCGCUUGUUCGCGAGGCGUACAAAAGGCGUGCCUGCCAUCAGGGCCUACUUUGGACCUCAGACACCCCUGUCUUACGAAGAAGCUUCCAAGCAUCUAGGCGUGCCCAUGACGGAUCGCAACUUUCUCAUCUCUCCACCAGGCUCGCCACCGGUAGGAUGGGAGCCGAUCGUGGAGGAUCCACCGAAUAGGGAUACAUUGGCCGAUGAUCUGAUCCGAGCUUUGGGGGCGUUGAGGGACUCGGGCGCCAAUGUUGCUCAGGGCGGCACGAGCGAGAUGGUCGAAGGGCAAGGUGAUGCUGAAAGUGUGUUGACCACGACGGUCUUGGAACCUAGCAAAGCUCCUGCACCUCCCAGGCAUCCACUGGCUCCGCACAAUGCAGCUAUGCAAGGCGAUGAGCAUGGCAUCAUCUCGGUUCCCGGAGUAGUGGUGGAAGAGGUGCAUUCGAGACCUAGUCCAAAUGGCCAAGGAACUCCCUCGACGGCUCAUCCUCAUAGCAUCACGAGCGUCAAGGCCACAAUCGAAAGUAUGAAAGGUAGCCCUUCUCCGGGUCUAGGGGGCGCACUGGCUGCCGGAGGAGGAGGAGGAGGAGCGCGCAUCACACCCACCGGCAGACCGCCCCUUGCGCGCGAUGAGUAAGGGCACACGACACCGAGACGAGACACUAAAGCACAGCUAUCAUCAAUGGGACACUUUCGCAUUUUCCAAAUUCACAUUUAUCGCGACGGCCGAGAAGUUGGCGAGGCUCGUCGAGCUUCGUCGGCCGCAUCGACAUCCGAGCCAGCUU